AUUUGCCAACACUUGCCGUGUCCUCUUCCUCGUAAAUUUUUGUGCGGGGAGAGAGAGGUCGCAAACGCCAGCAGCAAAUCAGAUGAACGCCCCCAUCAAUUGUUAGAUUCUAGUGUGUGUCCAUUUACAAUAAUAAAAAGCAAGAAUGGGGACUACAUAAGCCCACCCCCCCUCCCCCCACGAGCUUUGUGAUCGCCCUCAAUCUUCCUGUAUCAUUCCUGCUCUUUUUCCUUGCUCUCUCCUUUAAAAGCUAAGCUUGGAGUGAGUAUAAAGCAAGAAGGCGGAAGAAGCUAAUAGACGAGGAGUGCUACUAUUACUGGUCGACGUAGUUGAAGGGAGGAAGAGGACGAAGAAGUAGAAGAAGAUGAUCACGUUGGGAGACUUCUACAAUGUGAUGACGGCGGUGGUGCCGCUGUACGUGGCGAUGAUCCUGGCUUACGGGUCGGUGAAGUGGUGGAAGAUCUUCACGCCGUUGCAGUGCUCCGGCAUCAACCGCUUCGUGGCGCUGUUCGCGGUGCCGCUGCUCUCCUUCCACUUCAUCUCCGGGAACAACCCCUACACCAUGAACCUCCGAUUCAUCGCCGCCGACACGCUGCAGAAGCUGAUGGUGCUGGCGGCGCUCACCGCUUGGGGCUGCCUCAGCCGCCGUGGCCGCCUCGACUGGACCAUCACUACCUUCUCCCUCUCCACCCUCCCCAACACCCUGGUGAUGGGCAUCCCCCUCCUCCGGGGCAUGUACGGCGAAGUCUCCCACAGCCUCAUGGUCCAGAUCGUCGUCCUCCAGUGUAUCAUCUGGUACACCCUCAUGCUCUUCCUCUUCGAGUACCGCGCCGCCAAGCUUCUCAUCGCCGAGCAGUUCCCCGACACCGCCGGGGCCAUCGCCUCCAUCAGCGUCGACUCCGACGUCGUCUCGCUCGACGGGCGCGAGAUGCUGGAGACGGAGACGCAGAUCAAGGAGGACGGCAAGCUGCAUGUGACCGUCCGGCGAUCGAACGCUUCGCGGUCGGACAUCCACUCCCGGCGGUCGCUCGGCUUCUCGGCCACCACCCCUCGCCCCUCCAACCUCACCAACGCCGAGAUCUAUUCGCUGCAGUCGUCGCGGAACCCCACGCCGAGAGGCUCCAGCUUCAACCACAACGACUUCUACAACAUGGUGGGCAGGAGCUCCAAUUUCGGCGCUGCCGACGUCUACGGCAUCCGAGGGGCGGCGGCGACGACGCCCAGACCAUCCAACUUCGAGGAGGAGCACGGCGCCGGCAAUACUGCGUCCGCCAAGCCCCGGUUCCAGUACCAAUUGCCAGUGACCACGACCGCAGCAGCUCCGCACUACCCGGCUCCAAACCCAGCCGUGUUCGCUCCGACAGCGACGGCGGCUCCGAAGACGAUGGGACCUAAAAGGGCCAACGGACAAGCUCAUCUGCUGAAAUCGGAGGACGGUGGGGCGAAGGAUCUGCACAUGUUCGUGUGGAGCUCCAGCGCGUCUCCGGUCUCCGAAGCGUUCGGCAACAGCAAGGAGUACGGUUUGCCGGCGACCGAAGCUUCCGGCUUAAAAGAAGUCAGAAUGGAAGUUUCUCCGGGCAAAGUGGACGGAUGGAAGGACGGCAGGGACGACUAUUUAGAGCGGGAGGAGUUCAGCUUUGCGAACAAGGCAACCAUGGACAAAGAGGGUGCUCAGCAGGAGGGAGACGAGAAAGCCAACAAUGAGGCCAACAAGGGAGGGCUCAGAGAAGUGAAAGCCAUGCCGCCGACGAGCGUGAUGACCAGGCUGAUCCUGAUCAUGGUGUGGCGGAAGCUGAUCCGCAACCCCAACACCUACUCCAGCUUGAUCGGCCUCAUCUGGUCCCUCGUCUGCUUCAGAUGGAACUUUCAGAUGCCCGCGAUCGUACUGCGUUCCAUCUCCAUACUGUCGGACGCCGGCCUAGGCAUGGCCAUGUUCAGCCUCGGUCUGUUCAUGGCCUUGCAGCCAAGGAUCAUAGCAUGUGGGAACAAGGCAGCAGCUUUUGCUAUGGCGGUGAGGUUCCUAACAGGCCCCGCUGUCAUGGCUGCCUCUUCUCUUGUCGUCGGUCUUCGUGGUGUCCUCUUGCACAUCGCCAUUGUACAGGCAGCACUGCCCCAAGGCAUCGUUCCCUUCGUAUUCGCAAAGGAGUACAAUGUACAUCCGGACAUUCUCAGCACAGCGGUGAUAUUUGGGAUGCUAAUCGCCUUGCCUAUAACCCUGGUGUACUACAUCCUAAUGGGCAUCUGAAGCAGACAGGAGUGGCCUAAGCUUGACCUCACCCCGCAGCAGUGGAAGAAGGCAGUGCGACGGGCAAACCGGCGAGGAUCAAAAGGAGGGGGGAGAAGCAACCAAAACCUGCAAAAAGGGAACUCCACUAAACGCAUCAACUUUUGCUGUAAAAUGGUGUGCCAGAAGCCUUUUUCUUUUUCCCCUUCUCCUUCCUUCCUUCUUCUCUUCUUUUCAGUAAGCCCUUCUUUGUUUCUUGGUAAGUACAUCCCUGUAAACAGUAUGGGAAGAAUUGGAACACAAUGGAUGUCCUAAUCACUCUUCUAUCUCA